AUGGAAAGAAGGCAGCUUUGGGGCAUGGGCGCAGGAGUGCUGGGUAGAGGAAUGGGUGAAAGGAUGGAAGGAGGGUUGGGAGGAGGCGUAGGAGGAGGUAUGGGCGGAGGGAUGAGUGGGGGGAUGAAUGAGGGAAUGGGUGGAGUUCAGGGGAUGAGAGGAGGCGGCAUGGUGGGGCAGGACAUGACCAUGCUGCGACGUUCCAUGAACCAGAGAGACUCAAGUGACCCAAGCAACGCUACUCUGAUUCCCAUUGGCACUGGCAUGCAUGGCAUGCCUUCCGCUGCUGCUGGUUUCCGCCGCACAGCUCCUGGGUUCUGCAUGCCGGCUCAGCCGCUGGCAGGAGGAUCGGGCGGCGGGCUGCUGUAUGAGUGCCGGUUCUGCGGCAAGGGAUUUGCGCAGUCACAGUCUCUUGGGGGACACAUGAACACACACCGGCGAGAACGAGAGGCGGAGAAGAUCCUACAGAGUCAAGGAACCAUACUCACGAGAGAUGCGAGUCUGGUAGACGGAGAGGCGCAGCCGCAGCUGCAAUUGGGAGCUGGAGAGACACAGCUGCUCUUGGCUCUUUCCCAUGGAGCUCCCAUUUCCCAGCCAGGCAUCAGCACUCCAGUGUGUCCCCUGGCACAGGUCACGCCCCUCGCUGCUACCCCUCUUGCCCCUCACACGCCAACUUACCCUCUUCCUCUUGCCAAACACCCCGUUGCCCCUCUUGCCCUUGGUGCACGGCCCGUUGCUCCUCCUUUGAGUAGCACAUUGGUUGCUCUUACUGCAACAGAUGCUGGGGAAUUCACCCCAGGAAUCGCAGCUGCGUCUACUGUAGUAUCCAGCAUGGCAUCGGCUGGUGCAGCGCAGUGUGCAAUGCAGGGACGUGGGCCAUCUCUUCAAGAUCCCUCCCUCGCAGCAAUUUUAUCUCAAGUGCAACAUCAGGCUGCAGCACAACAGCAGGCUGCAGCACACCAGCAGGCUGCAGCACAACAGCAGGCUGCAGCACACCAGCAGGCUGCAGCACAACAGCAGGCUGCAGCACACCAGCAGGCUGCAGCAAAACAGCAGGCUGCAGCACACCAGCAGGCUGCAGCACACCAGCAGGCUGCAGCACACCAGCAGGCUGCGGCACAACAGAAGCACGCGGCACGCAGCACCACACUCAUUGGGCAAGCAGCACGUGCAACCACUCUCAAGGGGCAUGCACAUGCCAUCGACGCUGAGGGAAGCCAAGCUGAUGCACGGACGGCUGGAGCUGGAAAUUUUCCCAUGGGCACCACAGUAGUGGGGGCUCCCUACCUACACAUUUGGAGUCUUGGCCAAUUGCAGCAGGGGAUCCCAACAGAAGCGAAGAGAGAGCGCAGGGUGAGCAGGGGGCAGGAGAGAGUGGGGGACGGUGGGGAGAGGGAGGCAAAGGGACAGAAGGGAAUGAGACAGUGA